AUCGCAUAGUACGACGCACAAUGCACUAUCCGGUUAUCACAAUAUAAUGUAAUAUAAAAAUGCUAUUGUGUUUACUAAAAGAAUUUAUAAUUCGAUUUUCUUUCAUUCUGGUACAGUUUAAUCCAACUCCGAUAAUGUGAGUGACAUUGUCAUCAUCAUACAAAACAAAUUGUAAACGAAACAUUGCAGGGGCUUAAUUAAUUAUGGAUCCACAAAUUAAAGAGAAGAUCUUACAAUUUGAGACCUUUAUAAACGACGUGUUGAAAGAGGAUCUUGCAAAACUAGCUGAAAAACUUAAUGCUAAAAAUGCUGACGUUGCUGAAUUUUUGCAACUGAAAUCAGUGAUAACAACGUUUCAAAAUACAAACGUUGAAAAAACCGGUUUCAAGACUAAAGUCGAUAUUGGAAAUAAUUUCUUUAUUCAAGCACACGUUCCAGAUGCUUCUAAAAUCUUAUUGGAUGUUGGUUUAGGACAUUAUAUUGAAUUCACUUUGGACGAAGCCUUAGUCAUUAUAAAUAUACGAAUCAAAUUACUUGAGCAACAAAUAGUGAAUUUACGGAAAGCGAUUGCAAGAACCAACGCUCACAUUAAGUUAAUUCUUAUUGCCAUUAGAGAUUUGCAAGGAAUGAGAGAAAAUGUUUGAAAAACUGCUGUGACAAAAAACGACUUAAUAUAAGAAUAUUUCUUCAAAAAAUUAACUUUAUA